ACUUCCCCAAAAGCCCAUGGUUUCCAUUUCCAUUUUCUCGAACUCAUACAUCCAUAUCCAUUCCACAUCCCAAUUUCCCAAUUUCCCAAUUCCCCAAAUUCCCAAUCCUCUCUCUCUUGAUUGCGUCUGUUUUCCUUCUUGACCCUCGAUUCCCUCCCCAAAUUCCCCCAAAAAAUGCCUCCUCAAGAUUCCGCCGCCGCCCACGGCGGCGACCUGCCGUCCCCCAAACCGGAGACCAAAGUCCUCUCCCUSCUCCUCAAAGUCCUCAUCAUGAUCCUCUUGACAACCCUCUUCUUCCUCUUCCUCGGCCUCGCCACCGCGCUCCUCCUCAUCCACCUCUGCGUCGCCAGCGCCCUCCACCGCCGCCGGCGCCACCGCCACCGCCACCGCCGAUCCCCCAAUUCCUCAUCUGGGUUCUCCCCCCGCGACCUCCAGAAGCUCCUCCAGUUCCGAUUCUCCAAGCCCCACUCCCAAAUUGACUGCGCCAUUUGCCUCGACGGCUUCCGAAAUGGGCAGUGGUGCAGAAGACUUGGUGGGUGCGGCCACGUUUAUCACCGAAAGUGCAUCGAUUCGUGGCUGAUUAGGGUCCCCGCUUGCCCCCUUUGCCGGAGCUCCGUCCGAUUGGAUAUGGAAGAAUCAGAAGAAGAAGAAGAAGAACAUCGAUUUGAUUUUGUAAGUUCUCAGAACUAUGAGAUUUUGUAUGCUCUGUAACUCAAGUUUAGUUUCUUCUCCUUCUGCUUCUGGUUGUUUCCCCCCUCUUGAGAUGUAUAUAUAGUUGGAGCAAAAGUCUGAAAUGAAGCUUUCUUUUAGUUAUAUGUUAUGAUGGUUUGGUUCUGUUUUGCUGACA